UUAAAUAAUUUGCAUAUAAGAAUUAUGAGUCUAUCUCCUCCGCCGUUAUUCAAUCUCGAUCAAGGAUCUUGGAGUCCUAUUGCUAUAAACAUGAUUUGCCUAGAAGCUUUACAAACUUGGUACCAAUCGGUUUAUCUUGGAUCUGCUUAUUUCUAUAUGAAGACAGAGUCGUUCGUGUAUCUGUCACUUGUUUACAUUCAAUUUUCGUUAUUUUUUCUAACAAGCAUUUUGAUAGUUAUAUAUUUUAUAUCAUACAAUGGAGUCCAACGUCUCAAUGUUAUUACGAUUACCACAAAUUUUAUAAAAAUGGUGGUGGAUGUGUCCUGUUUCGGAACAAUUUAUUUUGUUGGCAGCUCGAAAAUAUUGCCUAUUGUGGAUUUGGCGUAUUUCAAUUGUGUUAUCCAACCGUGUCGGUUUCUUAUAUUCAUCGUAUACUGCCAUCACGGAGCUAGAUGUGACGCAUAUCACAGAUUUCUGGUUGAAUAUGAGGAGUUCGAAUUAGAAAAAUGAGGAAAUCGAAAAACGAUAAAGUAAUCACAUUACUCAUUACAUUUAGAACUAAUUAUCCUUUAAUAAAUUUUCAUCGACGCUGGUA